AUGGACUACUGGAGUGCCUUGGAGGUGUAUAAGGAGAUGCUGCUGCUGUACCUGGAGGAAGGCCGGCGGCAGGUCAACUCGCGCUGCGCCCACCUGGAGCCGUGGCAGAUCAUCGCGGCGUCGGUCCUCGCCACCUGGGCGGCGCUCCGGCUCAGAGGCUUCCUCUUCCAGCAAGAAAGUCUGACGUCCCGGAUCAAGAAGCAGUGCUUUCGGCUCGUCAGGAAAAUCCCCUUUGUUGGCGACAAUAUCCAGAGGCAGCUGAACAAGGCUCUGGAUGACAUGUCUCAGAGUCUGUGCACUCUGAAGGAGGGGAUGAGCUACACCAAACAGCUGCCUUCAAAGGGUCUCUCUCAGAGCCAAGUCAUGGAAAAAAUCAAAGAGUAUGAAACCCUGAACGAGGUGAAGUGGGAGAACGGCUGCGUCUCUGGUGCGGUGUACUGGGGCGACGAAGAUCUGACCAAGCUGCUGGUGAAGGUGUACGGAGACUUCGCGUGGAGCAACCCCCUCCACCCCGACAUCUUUCCGGGCGUCAGGAAGAUGGAGGCCGAGGUCGUUCGAAUGUCCUGCACCCUUUUCCACGGUGGACCCAGCUCCUGUGGAACCGUCACCUCAGGAGGAACCGAGAGCAUACUGAUGGCCUGCAAAGCCUACAGGGACAUGGCGCACGAGCGCGGUGUGAAGUACCCUGAAAUUCUCGCGCCGGUGAGCGUCCACGCGGCCUUCGACAAAGCGGCGCAUUACUUUGGGAUGAAGCUCGUCCACAUUCCCCUCGACCAGACGACCAUGAAAGUGGACGUCAAGGCGAUGAGGAGGGCCAUCAGCAAAAACACGGCCAUGCUUGUCUGCUCGGCGCCCCAGUUCCCCCAUGGAAUCAUGGAUCCGGUGGAAGAAGUAGCCAAGCUGGCCGUCCGCUACAACAUCCCGCUGCAUGUGGACGCCUGUCUGGGCGGGUUUCUCAUUGUUUUCAUGGAAAAGGCCGGCUUCUCUCUCGCCCCGUUCGACUUCAGGGUGAAGGGUGUCACCAGCAUCUCUGCGGACACCCACAAGUACGGCUACGCCCCCAAGGGCUCCUCUGUCAUCCUCUACAGCGACAUAAAGUACCGCCAGUACCAGUACUUCGUGGCUCCAGACUGGCAGGGGGGAAUCUACGCCUCGCCCUCCGUGGCGGGCUCCAGGCCGGGAGGGAUCAUCGCCGCCUGCUGGGCGACCAUGAUGUACAUGGGAGAGAGCGGAUACGUGGACGCCACGCGGAAGAUCAUCAGCACGGCGCGCAAGAUCAGAAACGAGAUCAAGAAGAUUCACGGAGUGUUUGUGUUCGGGAACCCAGAGGUGUCCGUCGUGGCAAUAGGCUCCGAGGUCUUCGACAUUUUCCGCCUUUCAAAUGCGCUGACGGCAAAGGGCUGGAACCUGAACACGCUGCAGUACCCGUCCAGCAUCCACAUUUGUUGCACGGUGCUGCACACCCAGCCUGGGGUGGCUGACCGAUUUAUCCGUGAAGUCAAAGAGCAGGUGGCCGUCAUCAUGAAGAACCCCAAAGAGAAAACCACAGGAAUGGGAGCGAUCUACGGCAUGGCCCAGUCCAUCCCGGACAGAUCCAUGGUGACGGAGAUCUCCCGAGGUUUCCUGGACUGUCUCUACAGCACCGAGGUGGCCAAACCCAACGUCUGCCACAUGAACGGCAACGGAAAAGCCCACUAAAGUAAAAAAAAAAAAAAAAAAAACCUGAACGAAGCGGAAAUGCUCUGAGUCAAACUGCUCAACGGUUGCCUUAUCUUGCAUAUUCAAACUGCACUGAAAACAUCUGCAGAGCUUUUAGAAGAACAAGCCAUCUGCGUUUAGAUCAGUCCGGAGGGAAACUGCUCCCUCCAGUGUGCCGGGGAGGAAUUUUCUGGGUCCACCUAAACCUUCGACUUGAUUUUAACAAUGCUUUGGGACUGUGUGUGUUUGUGUCUCUGUCUUAUUUUAUUUCACAAGUUUAUUUCAGUGAUAGCUUUCAUUACAUAGGCCUCCCGGGCUCCCCUACAGGUGCAUCUCAAUAAAUACAAUAAAAAAGUUAACUCGCUUGAAAAGUGAAACUAAGCCUUAGAUUCAUUCACAUCAUUUAAAGGAGCAAUAAGCGAUAUUUCACUACUAGGUGGUGCUUGAGCACCGUCUGUAGAUCAAAGCCAGAUGUGUGACACACCUCUCUUUACCUCCGCUCCAGCUUUCGGACAAACCUUUCAAGUGAAGAAGAAAGUAACGUUUUGAUCCACCAUGUUGCUCAAAAACGGUCCCAGUUUCGGGCGCGGAGGAGCUGAGCCCUGAUUGGCAGCUGUUCACGUGCACGUACAUGCACGCGCGGCCGGCCCGGCUAUGUAAACGAGAUACUGGAGAACAACACAGAGAGCUGCGGUGUGACGUCAGACCAUAGUCCAUCUAAAAUAUCACCUUUAGUUCUUCACAUCACUAUUUAUCUUUUUAUUUUAUUUUUUGUUCUUUCUAUCUAAAAUAAGGAAAUUUAGCUUAUCGCUCCUUUAAGCAUUGAUUUCUGCUAAUUACCAUGGCUUGAAUCUAAUGAAAACCUAAAAUCUGUCUUCAUUUAAAAUUAGAAUAUUCCCUUUAAGAAACUAAAUACAACUCUUUAGUAAAGUUACGGCAUUGUUGCGGCAUCCUUGUUAGUCCUUCCACUUAACUUUCCAUUACCUACGCUUGUAUGCAAGCACUCUGUGGACAGCCAGCUGCUUUAGCCGUUAGUGGCUCGAGGAACGUCUCAGUAACUCUCUUCUGCUUUUAAGUGGCCCUGCAUGACGUAAAUAUAUAUUUUUAGAUUAUUGAGCUUAUGUUUUAUUUCCUAAUGAACAGAUUUUUGGUUUUCAUCAGGUGUGCGCCAUAAUCCCGAAAACGAGCAGAAAUCCACAAUUAAAAUGUGCCAGUGUGAGUUACCAAUCUAUCUUUCACUUUUUUUGUAUUAAAUUAUGCAAAUUACUGAACGUUUUGCUGUUCUAAUUGGGAUGCACCUGUACUUACAUCACAGAGAAACUGUUCAGCUUUGUACUGUUAUUAUUAUUAUUAUUAUUGUUGUUAUUAUUAUUGUCAGAACAUUUCAGAUGACUCGGCACCAACUCAAACCACUAAAACCUUGUUAGGAUCGCUGCGCUGCCCUCCAGCAUCGAAGCUGAUGCACUGCAGCGCACCGGCUGCACAAAAAAAACAAACUCAUCAUGCAGCGUUUUUUUGAUGCAAAGAGCUCUGCGCCGCCCUGGGGAGGAGACACCGGGUCAAACUAAGACGCUUGUCUGCUGUAAGCAUGAAAGCAUGAGUAGGUUUUUGUUUUAGGCGUCCUCAGAGGGUCUGUUUGUGAGAAAGAUUUGGGAAAUGGAAAGUUUGAAUGUCUGAUGUGGUGAGGGAGAACAAGGGGGGGAUUAAAAUUCAGCUUUGAUACGAUUUUCAGGCAGCAGUCAGCUGGCAUCUUCCCAACAGACUGAAGUUUCUGCUCUCGUUUUAUCAUCAAGCAGCAUAAACCAGAAGUUCAGCUUUACUCCGUGCAAUCGCCCGUGUUCAACGUUUUUGCGCUGAUCUGUCUCCUAAUUCAAGCUACCUCAGUUUCAGCUCCACUGAAACAGUCCAGCAGGGUGACGCCACCACCGGGAGAGUAAAAACGGUAACGCAGGCUUGCCGCUGAAAGGGAUCUCAUCCACUCGAACUGAGGUGUUAAAUGUUGGGAGAAAUACUCUGACGUGUUGACGGUCCCCUAAAGAUUGCUAACGAUGAAUACUGUAACACCGAAAAGACCUUGUCCUCUGACUCGUGCGCUCCCCUUAUACGGUUCAGAUAGUUUUCAUGUUUGUGCAAUAUGUGUUUUCCUUGUAAGAAGGGGGGAAGGGGGGGUUCUGUUAUCGUUAGUCAGCGUUUUAAUGAUAAUUUAAACAUCUGUGUGACCACUUUUUAAUCAAUUAUCACUUAUUUUUUUGUGAGCAUUUGUUGUCGUAGUAUGUUUACUCAGAAUGUACCUGAAUAUAUACCCCCCCCCCCCUCUCCAUCUUUAACUCAGUGCCUGAUUUAUCAGAUUAUCCUGCAGCCCAGUAACUCUGACAUCAUUUCUGUCUGUUAAACCUCACAUACUGAGUCCAGUGGCUUCCAACAAUGAAUCAUUGUGUUUUGCUCUGAAGAAUUACCAUUAAAACCAGAUAAAUGAC